AUGUCUCGUUUGGAUGUACGAUUUGAUGCGAAUUUGUAUCGGUUUUUGGCGGUAUAUGUACCCCCUUCAGCAAGUUCCACAGCAGAAGACGACGAACAAUAUUGUGCACAUGUCGAAAACAUUCAAGCCAUCAUACUUGACUCCGCAAACAAGUAUACACCAUGCGGAGUAAGACCGACGUCGAAAAUGAUGCACGAUACGUCGAAAAUACAUCCAAUCAUAUUGGGCGAUUUUAAUGCACAUUUAGGGAAGAAGACAAAUGACAUGGAAAGUUCUCUUGGAAGGCAUACGUACGAUAGUUGUCGAAAUACACGAGGGCAAAUACUUGUAGACUUCUGCGAAGAACUACAACUUCGGGCAGCUGCCACGUUUUUCAAGACCAGGAAUGGACGAAAGUGGACCUGGAGAUCUCCGAACGGGAAGACUUUUAGCUGUAUCGACCAUAUAUUUGCAUGCCGUCACCUUCGUUUCAACAGUAUCAGAACAGGAUCGAUACAGUUUGAAACUGAUCAUCGGCUUCUACGAGGAAUUUUAGAGAUACACAGCUGCACUACCAGAAUGAGAAAGAGAACACGUUCGAAGUCUUAUCUAGACCGAGACGCUUACCAGAUGGAACUGGCCAGAAUUUGUCCUCGAACCAUUCAAGAUCCAUCGAAUCGUUAUCAAGAAAUAUGCAGGUAUAUCAGGAACGCGGCAUCUGUGGCUAUAAGACGUACCCAAGCUCGCCACUACCUUUCCACUGACACCCUAUCACUAAUGAGACAGCGACAGCAACUGAAGAGAGAGAUGAAUACGCUAACAGACCGAGUAGCAUACAUCGAAACUUGCAAAUUGCUGAGAAGGAUGAUAAGAAACGAUAUUCGUUUACAUCAUCGUGAUCUUGUUCAGAAAGCGAUUGCUACUGGUGGAAGCUUGAAGAUGGUAAAAAACCAAAUGUCAGUUGGUCGGCGACAACCGACUCAGCUGCGACAAGAAAGGGAAACU